AUGAGCAUGAAUCGGGAUGGUGUUGCGCAAGAUACAAUAUUUCCAAUGGCGACAAUCAAGCAGGAACAGCCUCAGGAACGACAGGCCACACGUCUGACAGCUUCAACAUGGAAUACCAAGGACAUGAGCAAGCGACUCGGUGUCGAUGUCAUUAGCGCAGCAACAGCCGGUGCGCUGACCUGCCCAUUAAUCACCAUUAUUGAUCGUGCAAUCAUGGAAAAAGCCUCAAAAGGUUUCCCAAUCGGCCAAACGAUCAACCACUGCCUCCGAUCUAUGGUCGCUAGACCUAGCGGUUUCUUCUUCAGCGCUCCAUUCCUCCUCAUUUAUACCCUGUACACAUCGACCUACCUCACAGCAAAUAUAAUUGACACGCUCGGAUCAACAACACGCAACCAGCCCUAUAAUGCCAUCGACACAGGCCUUCCCAAGUUUUUCGCAACAACAAUAGUCAACAUGACAAUCUGCGUCUACAAGGACGCGCGCUUCGCCAAAAUGUUUGGCGCCUCUCCUCCCUCCGACUCGCCAGUUAGAAGCAGCGUCAUGAACACAAACCCAGUCGCAAGGAAGUACGGCUCUGCUCUCCGCGCACCAUGCCCUCCUCCAUCCGCACCCAUAGCACCAACCCCCCAAAUACCGAAAGUCUCCUACGGCCUCUUCUGUCUCCGUGACAGCAUCACCAUCUGGGCUUCUUUCAAUAUCCCCGCCCUUAUUGCCCCCUCCGUCCCGGACUUCCUCGCCUCAAGCCCAACUAUGAAAUCUAGCAUCGCGCAAUUCGCCUGUCCUGCUGCUAUGCAGUUUGUUAGUACGCCUAUGCACCUCCUCGGUUUGGAUCUUUAUAACCGUCAGCCUGCCGGUGGUAUGCAUUGGACUGAACGUGCGGCGCGGAUUCGUCGCGAUUACGUGCCUAGUUGCUUUGCGCGUAUGGGGAAAAUUGUUCCUGCGUACGGUGUUGGUGGUGUGGUCAAUGUGCGGAUGAGAGAUUCCUUGAUGAAGAGAGUUGAGAGGGGCGAGUAA